AUGUUGGACGAUUUCGAGAGGGAGAUGCUGAAGGAGGAUGGCGAGGAGUGCGUCAGGGCCGCGGAGGUGAAGAACUACGUGGACCCGCACUUCCGCCGCAAGAAGGACAUGCUGAUGCUGGCCAGGCGCAUGGCUCUGGCUGGUAUGUUGUGCCGCUGCGAGUCAAAGGUGGACGAGGUCGGGCUCUUCUGUGUGGUGAAGAAGGCCGAGAUCGUGGACGGCGAGCCUCUGGUGUCAUUGCGUUUGGUCUUCGAUCAGCGGCGUUCCAACCUACGAUGGCGGGCUCCGCCGUGGUGUGCCAUGGGCGGUGUCAGUGCCAUGUCGUUCUUGGACGUGUCAGAGGAGAUGACGGAGGAGGGCGCUCGAAUGGUUUUUGGUACUGGCGACCUCCCCGACUUCUACUACACGUUGGACCUGGGCGAGGCGAUCGCGCCCUACUUCGUGCUGCCUGGUGUCCGGGCUUCGGAGCUGCUCGACGUUCUCCCCUCGGACGCCCGCCUGAGCGGGUCGGGCGAGCACGUCGGUGUGCGGGUGGCGCUGAUGGGUUUCUCGUGGGCCUGCUGGAUGGCUCAGACGACUAUGGAGGACCUGUUCAACUCUGGUCCCUCCGUGGGCAUGCCCGCCCUCGCCGAGGAGCAGCGUCUGGCAGAAGGCGGUCCGCUGCCCCUGAUCAGUCGGGAGGUACCUGCGGCCCACUACGAGUACAUCGACGACUUCGGCAUCAUCGGGGUGGACUACCCUCCCGUCGCCGACGCCGAGCCGCCUACGCAGAUCAGGGACAUCUGGUUGGGAGCCAAGUACCUGGUGAACGCCGCGGGUUUCAACGUGCACAAAGACGACUGCUCGGGACAGGCUCGGAUGAUCGGUGGAGACUUCGUGGGCACACGCCUCGCCCCGAACCAGGACCAGAUGUGGCUGGCCGUGGCCGGGGUGAGCGAGAUCCUCAGGCAGAGGUCGGAGUUCCCGGACGCGGUGGCCAAGAUCGUGGGUAUCCUGUCCUGGGGCUUUCUGAUCACUCGAGGGGCCCUGAGCGUUUUCUCGGAGGUCUACCACUGGUGCAUGGAGUUCCGAGGGGGCUCCCGCCGUCGGCUGCCCGACGAGGUCCUUCGCGAGCUGGCCGUGGCAGCGGCUGUGGUGCCGCUGGUGUCUGUCGACCUGGCCAUGCCCUGGGACCCCGCGGUGACGAUGUUCGACGCGAGCCUCUACGGGGGGGCCAUUAUCUCAGCCCAGGCCGACAUCCAGGAGAUGCGUCGAGAGGCACGCUUUGCUGUCAGAGGAGGGUGGACCGUCUGGACUGGCAUCUCGUCUUCCUGGGCGGCGGACUCUUGGGCAGAAGGCGAGGCGUAUCGGCGAGUCGCCGAGGGAGUCGAGCUCGGGAUGCGCGUGAGGGUACCUCCGACGGGGCAGGUGAUCGAGGAGUUGGCGGACAUCGCGGAGGAGGAUCCCUUCGCGCCGCUGCGGCUGGGCCGGUCCGUGAGGGUGAAGGUGCUGCGCUUCUUUCACCUCUGCAGCGGCCACACACGGUCGGGCGACUUGGAGUUCUGGCUCGCCCGCCUCGCGGCCGGUCGGGGGUACGUGGUGCAGUGCACGAACGUGGACAUCGGGUUCGGGCCCGAGUUCGACCUGUCCGAGGAGGUGAACGUGCGGAGGCUGGAGCUGCUCGCCGAGCUGGAGGUGGAUGGAGGCCAUGCUGGACCUUCGUGCGCUACGUGGUCGAGGGUGCGCUUCCAGCCUGGAGGACCCCCGCCUGUGCGCCUUCGCUCGCACCCGUGGGGCCGCCCAGGUCUCCAUGGCGCCGACUUGAGGAAGGUGGAGAUGGGCUCGGCGCAGCUGUUGAGCAGCCUGCGCGUACUCAGGGCGAUCGCCCUCCGAGGGGGCUCAGUCUCGCUGGAGCAUCCUGCCGACCCUGGGAAGCCGCCGUUCCCCUCGAUCUUCGCAACGCCCGAGGUGCUGGAGUGGGAGGAGGUUCUCGGGGCCUACAGGGUGACUUUUCCUCAGUGCAUGUGGGGCUGUCCUGCGCUCAAGUUGACCACUAUAUCGGGGACAGCCAAGCACCUGGAGCGGCUCAUUCGCCCAUGUAUUCACAAGACGCACACGGCGAGUUUGUGCGGGAAGGACGAGACGGGACGUUUCAGGACGCGGGUAGCUCAGGCUUACUCGUCCGAGCUCUGCCGCGUGCUGGCCGAGUGCCACCUGGACGCCAUGCUGGACGGGUGCGAGCGGCGCGAGGCGGAGUUCACGGAGAGGGCCGUGGAGCUGCUGAUCAAGGAGACGCUCGAGCGGAGGCGGCGCAACAUACGGGACAUCGACGUGUUGCCCGCCUCCUUCCUGGAGGCCUCAGGGUGA